AUGCGCCAGGACCGGGAGGUGGAAAAUCACCGCUGGUGGGGGGGCCGGGACCCACCGAGUCCUUGGCGUCCCCGAGGAGCAUUCCUGCCAGUGCCACCUGCUCCCCUCUCACGUGGCUGCCGCCCUGCGCGCUGUUGGCAGCCCCGGCGGGGGCGAGGGGCGAGGCUGACGCCACAGCCGUGGAGGGACGGCCAGUUCUUCCCACCCUGCCUGCGGCCAGGCACCAGCCCAGGGGCCGCCUGUGGCCAAGGCCACGACUGUGUCCCACUCAAACCCCUCGGAUCGCGUCCUGAUCCCUGCCCCGCUUCUGGCCCUCGGCUGGUCCUCCACGUCUUCCCUCCUCCGCAGACGAUGUCCGCUUCGCUGCCGAGCGGCAGAAAGCGGAAGGCAGCCGUGCCUAGCGCCGAAGUGGCGGCCCGCGACCCAGCCUCCCCGCCCCGGCCCCGCCGCCCCGGCAAAGCGCCGGGUCCGGACCGACGGCCGCGGGCCCGGCCGGGGCGGUGCACGCUUCCGCAGCGCCACCUGGCGGCGUCCGCGGGAAUGCGCAUCCCAGCAGCCCCCGGGAGAGGCGGCAGGAGCCCGGCCGGUGGCUGCCGCCGGGCGGACAAAAGGCCUGCGGGGCUGCGCCAGCAGAGGCUGAGCUCGGCCGGCGGGGCGGUGUUGCCCGUGCCGGUCUGCCCGCUGCCUUCCACCGGGGCCAAGGUGGGCCACGCCGAGUGGCGGUACCCCGCUUGCGAGGCACCCAGGUGCGGAGGCCGGGAGUAG